AAUCUUACUAAGUAAGCAAAGAUUUAAAAGAUUCCCUCAUGAAAGUGGAUGAGAUCACUAAUAACUCACCAUAAUAAAAGAAUUCUAUCUAAAAAGCUUUAAAAAAGCAUGACCAUCUACGAUUCUUUUCCUAAUCUCUUUAAUUAGGGAUCAAUGCUUUUUCCAUCGUGCACGACACGCUCUUAUCAUGCGUGUGCUUAAACCACAAAUAUCAACACAACAACAACAGCAGCAAAUUAUGUUGUUCCUUUGAAGUGUGUUCUGUUCUUUCCAAGCAUUUUCCUUUGCUGUUGCAUCAUAGCAUUCAUUCCCUUUGUUUCAAAGAUGGGUAGGCUUGCACCAUUAUCAGAAGAACCUAUGAAUGAAGAAAAUGAAAGAAGCAAUAAUAACUCAAAGAAAGGUCUUCUGUUAUGGAUUAACUGGAACUGGAUCAAGACUCAUUUUUCUCUUGUUUUCAACAAAAAAUCUAACAUCAAGAUCCUUCUUAGUGUUCUUGGUUGUCCUCUUUUUCCUGUUCCUAUUCACCCCAAACUACCCCUUAAUGAGGAUUCAUCGUCGGCACAGUAUAUUAUACAACAAUUCACAGCUGCAACAGGGUGCAGAAAGUUGGAAGGAACAGUGAAGAAUGUGUUUGCUACUGGAAAAGUGACAAUGGUUGUGGUGGAUGAGCUUGGAUCAAUUGGUGGUGGAAGUGUUAAUGGAUCUUCAGAAAAAGGGUGUUUUGUAAUGUGGCAAAUGGUUCCUGAUAAAUGGCAGAUAGAGAUUGUUGUUGCUGGCCAAAAGGUUCUUGCUGGUAGUAAUGGCUCUAUCGCUUGGCGCCAUACACCUUGGCUCGGCGUGCAUGCGGCUAAAGGUGGUGUUCGCCCUCUUCGCCGUGCACUUCAGGGACUAGACCCUUUAGCAGUAUCAGCUGUAUUCAGUGCAGCACAACACAUGGGAGAGAAACAAAUCAACGGCACGGAUUGUUUUGUACUAAAACUCUCGGCCGAUCAGAAGGACCUGAUCGACCGAAGCGACAACACAGCGGAGAUGAUAAAGCAUGCUAUUUUUGGUUACUUCAGUCAAAGAAGUGGACUUUUAGUGUUCUUAGAGGACUCUUACUUGACAAGGAUUCAAUCACCAGGGUCUCAUCCAACUUAUUGGGAAACAACAAUGUCGACAAAAAUCGAAGAUUAUAGAGAUGUGGAUGGUGUUAUGAUUUCACAUGGUGGUUCAACAACUGUGAUGAUAACAAGGUUUGGUGAUAAUCUUAAGGAUGGACCUGCCAUUACUAGGUUGGAAGAGACAUGGAGUAUUGAUGAUGUUGCAUUUAAUGUUCAAGGGUUGUCUAUUGAUUGUUUUUUACCACCUCAAGAACUUAACAAAGAUUGUCCACAACAACAUCUUGAUUGGAAAUCAUCCUUGCAUCGAUGAUGUUAUGUUUUAUGAAACACUGACACAGAUACCAGACACGACAUUGAUAUGUUAGUACUGGUAAGAAUUUAAGAAAGUGGUAGUAAUUGAACGUAAUCUCAUGUGUCAGUGCUAAACUUUAACAUGUGUCAGACACAUAGUUAAUUUGAGGUGUCAGUACUAUAUACUGUAUAUUAUAUCAAAAUUUGUAAUGGUUGUGUUUUUUUUAUUAGGUUUAAAUUUGAAUAUGAAAAUGUAUCAACGUUAAACUCGGGAAGAGUUUUGUGCCUAUUUGUGUUUCAUACAACUCGAGGGAAUAGAGGUUGUGUAGAAGGAUACCUGAUUUAUAUAAAAAAAACACUAAUUGUUACUUAGCAUGUA